AUGGGAAUCGACAAGCCCAAUUUCCCUCCCCGAAACAACCGGACAGUUUGGCAGGUCGAGCGGGCAAGGGGGACCGAGAUGCCCUGUUCAACAGGAAAAGAAAAGAAAAAAGUAUCAACUGCUUUUUUUCUUUCCUCUCCCCCAGCUCAACGGCGAGCUAAGUCGACCGGAGCAGGGCGAACUGAGGUUGGUGGACUGCGUGCACUGCCAGGAAUUAUUAUCAUAUAUAUCGACCAUUCGCGUAUGAGCUCGUCCAGGGUCCAAAAGGGGGGGACGAAAGGGAGGGUGAGGGAAGAUGUUCGUCCGUCUGGCCUGGUCGAGGAUCUUUUUUUGAGGAGCGCAGGAUGGGGGAUGUUUCAGCGGCAGGACAGCUUGGAAGGUUACCAGGCGGGAACUAAAGAAGAAGAAGAAGAAUGA